CAAAGAUGAAAGACAGGAAGGCUUUUGAGAAGAGAUAUGUACUAUUUCUGGCAUGCUACCUCUUGGCAUGCGCAACUCUGACUAUUAUUGCUCCUAUCAUGCCAUAUCAGAUGAAGGAGAAGGGAGUACCCACUGCACUUAAUUCUAUAGUCUUUUGAAUCUUCUCAUUCGCAGGCUUUCUUGGUUCUAUUUACGGAGGAAAAUAUCUGGCAGCUAAAGGAGCAAAAUUCUUUGUCUAUUCAGGCCUUCUAGGACUGGGUCUUUCUCAUCUUAUAUAUGCUUAUCUGUCCUUUAUUGAUGACAAAUACAUAUUCACAGUGGUUAUUAUCCUUAACAGAUGCCUUGAAGGGUGGUCCUUUGGUUUAAUACAAUGAAUGGUGUACGGAGUCGCUUCACAAGAACUAGCACCAUCCGAAUUCGAUAGAUAUGCAAGAACAUGAUCUGCAACCUCUGGUGUCGGCGGAUCUCUCUCACUACUAGCUGGACCAUACCUGUUCUCAAUUGGUGGCUACUUCCUACCAUACUUUGUGUUAUUUGGAAGCUUUGUGUUAUUAGCGUUCAUAAUGUACAUUUCAGGAACUUUAAAUAUUGUUGAGGAAAAGCCUACUGAAUUGCACGAAGCCUUGAUAGAAACGAAUGACGAAGAAUCUUUUCCACCUUUUCAAUAUCAACUAGAUUUGAAGUUCUUACUUAGUAUUCCUACUGUGAAGAUUGGAUGCAUGUCAAUUCUUCUUUCAAACGUUGUUUUCUGAUAUUUGGAUCCUAUUUUUGCACUUAAGAUGCUUGAUAUGGGUAUUUAUGCUGACACAACUGGGUAUAUCUAUAUCUUUUUGUGACUAAGUUAUUCAGUCUUUGGAUUCUUGGGAGGAGUUCUUGAAAUUAUAGCUAAUAAGAAGACCUUAAUUAUCUCGGGAUUUUUUGCAGGGUUCUUUGGAUUUUGUUUUAUAGCUCAUGGUGCAUUCAUUGGAGCCAAUUAUAUCCUCCUUAUCAUUUUUGGCCUUUCUUUGAACGGGUACUCUGUGAUUGGUGGUAACACUUUCGCUACAAUGUACACCAAAACAGAGCUGAUGAAUGCUGGAGAAGCAAAAGGGGUCUCUCGCAAAGAAGCAGGAGGAUACUUUGGAGGUGUAAAAGGAUCAAUGAAUUUGAUAGGUAACUUUAUUGGCCCCUUGAUUAGCCCGAAUAUUUAUAUGAUGGUAGGAUUCGAUUAUGCCUGAAUCAUCAUGGGAUCUAUUCAAAUUCUGUUUGUGAUCUUCUUUAUCUACAUGACUAGCAGUAAUUCAAACAGUAAACAUCCCCAAAUAUCUGAUAAAGAGGCACUACGAAUCUCAGGAUAACUAUGUUUAUAAAAUUUGGUUCCUAUUC